GAAAGCAGCUGUAGGUUUGAAGUUUGAACUUCUUACUUUUGAGCUCCAAAACAUCGAGGCAGGCAGAGAAAUAAAAGUGUCCUUUUUCAUCUCUCCGCCAAUGAAAUAACCACGACGUUUUUGUUUCGUACCUCCAAAUCCCAGCUUCCACGGCCAAUUAUUACCUAAUAUGGAAAGUGGUAGCGGUGGAGGCGGUGCUCGAGAGAAGGGUUCGCCUCCAGUGACCAAACCAUCAAAGUUCGCAGUGUAUCAAAACCCAGCUUUAUCCGCUGCCUUAACCGCCAACAGCCUCCAUCCCUCCAAAUCCGCUUUUUUCUUCAUAUUCUCCCUCUCCUCUGCCUCUGCGCUGGCUCUUAUCUCCACCAUCUCCAGGGAAAAUGGACUAACUGAAAUGAUGAGAUUCACAAAUUUGCCUCAAGAAGUAGCUUAUAUAUUCUCCAAAGCAGUACAAGCUUUGCUGGGUUUGGUUUUUAUCGGAUCUUUAUUUGCACUUUUCAAAGCCAUCUCUUGGCAUAGAGGAAAAAGAUUAGCUGGUGGUCCAGUAAAAUUUCCCUCUAAAGAAACCAAGGAUCAGUCACUUCUAACAAGCCGUCAGCUGGGGCUUUUGGGAAUAAAGCCAACAGUUGAAUCAGUUGCAACAGAAUCUUUGAGGAAACCUCCCAAGUCCAAACCUAUAUUGUCUGCUUCGGAUAUCCUUGUUCCAAUUCAUCAGCCAAUUACCAGUUCCAAUCGCAAGUCCCAAAUUGGCUCUGAUAAAUCAAAAGCUGGCAGUGGAAACAAAAUGACUUCUUUUAGCACCCCAUCCAAAUCUAAGAGUUCUCCUUCCUCUCUAUACCUUGUUCCUGGUGCUAGUUCACCAUUACCUUCUACUCUAUCUUCUCCAGGGAUGGAUUCAGCGGUCUCAACUCCUUGGUCAAGUAAGCGAGCCUCUGCUACUAAAGAGAUAACCACAGAAGAACAGCUUGAGCGGUUCUUGGCAGAAGUAGAUGAGAGAAUUACCGAGUCAGCUGGGAAAAAUGCUACUCCACCUCCCACUGUUAGGGGCUUUGGCGUAGCUAGUCCUAAUACUGUAGCUAGUCCAGCUAACACUUCUGGAACUGCAAGGAGCACUCCCUUGAGGCCUGUUAGGAUGUCUCCUGGUUCCCAGAAAUUUACUACUCCGCCUAAGAAAGGAGAGGGUGAACUUCCUCCACCUAUGUCAAUGGAAGAGUCUAUUGAGGCUUUCAAGCAGUUGGGAAUCUAUCCUCAAAUUGAGCAAUGGCGUGACCGUCUCAGGCAAUGGUUUUCAUCAGUUCUACUCAAUCCUCUGCUUAACAAGAUUGAAACCAGCCACAUUCAGGUAAUGCAAGCAGCUGCCAAACUUGGUAUUUCAGUCACAAUCAGUCAAGUGGGAAGUGAUUCAUCAACUAGCGGAACUCCUGCUACUGUGUCUUCAAUUGAUAUGAAGGAAUGGCAACCGGCAUUCACACUUGAUGAAGAUGGACUUCUCCAUCAAUUACGUGCUACUCUUAUGCAGGCUCUUGAUUCUUCUAUGUCCAAGUUGCCUCUGGCAAGUCUGCAACAGUCCCCACAGCAAAAUCCAAUGAUCCCUAUCAUGCAGGAGUGUGUGGAUGCUAUCACUGAACACCAAAGGCUUCAUACAUUGAUGAAAGGAGAAUGGGCCAAAGGUUUGCUACCACAUAGCAAUGUUCCAGAAGAUUACAUGGUACAAAGAAUUCGAGAGCUUGCUGAAGGAACUUGCUUGAAAAAUUACGAGUAUCUGGGAAGUGGAGAGGUUUAUGACAAAAACAAGAAGAAGUGGACUCUUGAGCUUCCUACGGAUUCCCACUUGCUCUUAUAUUUGUUUUGUGCAUUUUUGGAGCAUCCAAAAUGGAUGUUUCAUGUUGAUCCGACAUCUUAUGCUGGAGCUCAUUCUAGCAAGAACCCCUUAUUCUUGGGGGUUCUGCAUCCAAAAGAAAGGUUUCCAGAGAAGUACAUCUCUGUCAUUUCCGGUGUUCCUUCGACUCUUCACCCAGGGGCUUGUAUACUGGUUGUUGGAAAGCAAAGCCCUCCAGUUAUUGCCUUGUACUGGGAUAAGAAACUGCAGUUCUCCCUUCAGGGAAGGACGUCAUUGUGGGAUUCCAUCUUGCUUUUAUGCCACAGGAUCAAUGAAGGAUAUGGAGGCAUAGUUCGGGGAAUGCAUCUUGGUUCAUCAGCCUUAAGCAUCCUCCCAGUUCUCGAGUCCGAAACUGAUGACUGACUUGAUUAGGCAUAAGCAACAAAGGAUAUGUCUACAUCUCAUCUAAAUAUGUUAACUGCAUAACUUGCUAGACCAAUUGAGAUCUUGCUUAAUUUAAAAGGCUGUAUAAAAUGUGGGCAAUGAACUUUCUGACAGUCCGCUUAUAUCAACCUCAGUCAGCGGGAGCUUUCACCAAUGAUGUUUGUCUUAAGUUUUCUCCUGAGAUGAACAGAAGAGUUGGCAGAGAAAUUAGGGACUUCUGUUUGUAUUUUUCUUCUUUGCAGUUGUUUUAUUUUUGUUUUUCAAUUUUCUCUUUUUAACCUUAAUGUUUCUGAGGUGGAAAGAAUUAGUACUGGAUAGCAAUUUUGUAGAUUAACAAGCUAAUAUUUUGUUUUGAUUAAUUUAUCCAUUAUGUGUUUAGUAGACUUUGGAAA